GACCACAUAUCACUGCACCAGAAGAUCCAGCAUGCCACAGUACAAGCUGACAUACUUCAAUCUGCGAGGACGAGCAGAAAUCAGCCGCUACCUGUUUGCCUAUUCGGGCAAGAAGUAUGAAGACCACAGGAUAGAAGCAGCAGACUGGCCUAAAAUCAAACCAACUAUCCCGUUUGGCAAAAUCCCCAUUCUGGAAGUAGACGGAGUUAUCAUUCACCAGAGCCUGGCAAUAGCAAGAUACCUUGCCAGAGAAUCAGGUCUGGCAGGUCAGACGCCUGUGGAACAGGCGCUAGCUGAUGCCAUUGUGGACACCAUAGAUGAUUUCAUGACGCUGUUCCCUUGGGCAGAGAAAAACCAGGAUGUGAGA